AUGCUGGCCCUUGGAGGGUCAAUGCAACCCCAUAUGGGAUGGUGCAAGUCGUUGCUGACGGCGGUGUCCAUGUUCGCUGUCCUGGUUCAGGUCGACCAGCGCUUAGCUGCUGCGGCUGUUUUCCUGGUCUCCUUUUCUUCCGCCUUGCUGGCACGCACAGGGCCAGCCCUUUUGCUUGCAGCAGUGGCUUCUUGGAUGACACUGCUCAACGCCCGCCGGCGCGUUUGUGCACCCAGCCCCAAGGUGCAGAAUUGGCGGCGUCAUGCACACAUGUUGCGGCCCCCCACCCGCCUGGCCUGGGCCAUCCAGUUCCUGGAGUUCCAGUACCAGGGCUACAAGGGCUACCACCAAAGCCCGGGCUCCUACUCGGACAAAACGGAUCUCCCAGCUCCGACGGGCUCCGCUCACUUUCGAGGCAGCGAGGUGCGUUUUGACGACGCUGGUGCCUUGGGCGACGAGAAAGGCGGCAAAGGAAGCGGAAGCCGUUUCUUCGCCUGCCACCCGCACGGCCGAAGCCUCAGCCAGUCGCACAGUCGCAGCUGCUUCCGUCACGGAAGCAGACGUGCAGGCAUUCUCUCCGUGGGUUUCUGUUCGAACGCACCCUUGCAGCAUUGGAUGCAAACGAAGCCGACGGCUGGGAAAACUGUGAAGAGCAGAGAGGCUUGGCGGCUUGGCCUUGUCCGCUUGGAGGUGGUUGGUCACUGUAACUACCUCAUCGAUCCGACCUUGCGGAACAAAGGCUUGCUGGCCAAGUUCUUCUUGGACGCAUUCGAGGGACCGCACGGAGCCAUUCGUGACACACGAGCCGUAACGAUCCAGAAUCUCAUGGAGAAGGGCGAGUCGAUCUCCAUGACUCCUGGCGCCUACCAAGAGGCGACUUGCUUUUCUCACGGCUUUGAGAGAGUGGCGCUCAGACAGCGCAAAGGCUUUGUGAAGUACUGCCUCCGCUACGGCUAUAGAUUACAUCCGGUGUACACCUUCGGAGAAAGCGAAACGUACUUCACGCUAGGUGGCUUCGACAAGCUCCGGCUUUGGCUGAACGGCAAAGGAAUUCCAACCGUUUGCUUCUGGGGCCUGCCGUCUUUGGCCUCAGAUGUGGGCCGAGGAGUGGUGCCCGCUGCUCCCGCGCCGGCACCUCAAGGCCCGCCUUCAGAAAGGGGGAAGCGAAAGGGGAAGCGCCUCCGAAGCGCCGCCUUCAGAGUCUCUCCGCUCCGCUGCUCUCCGCUGCUCUCCGCUGCUCCCUUUCUGUCAGCUGCUGACCUUCGUGGGCCCGGCCUUGGAGCUCCCGAAGCUUUCGGAGCCCUCCACGCAGCAGGCGAGACAGCGAGACAUCGCAGCGCGAGCGCCGCCGCGCUGCCCCGCUUGGACCGCUUCGAGCGUCGUCUUCAGGUGGACGAGUGGCACGGGAAGUACAUGGAAGCCUUGAGGGAACUCUUCGAGAGACACAAGGCUGAGGCAGGCAAGCCUUCGGCCGUGCUGGAGAUCCUGUAG